CAUCCCCUGUCAGAUGAGACGCGGUGGACUGGACUGGACUGGUAGGGAGAGACGUGGCUAGUCCCAUAAAACGUUUUGUGUCCAUCGUGUGUAAUAUGCGGUAAAGCGCACACGGAAGACGCCAUGGACUUCUACAUAAAUCUGAAAGUGAAUUUCAGAGGAAAUUCUAAGAAUUUCCUCUUGUCAGGAUCCGAGACCAAGAACUGGGAGUCGAUGGAGGCGAUGGUGAAGCGUUCCUUUGGCCUGUGCAGCCUCCAGCUGACCUAUUUUGAUGAGGAGAAUGAGGAGGUGUCCAUUAACAGUCAAGGGGAGUAUGAGGAGGCAUUGAAGAGUGCAGCCAGGCAAGGAAACCGCCUGCACAUGAAUGUGUAUGAGAUUCGAGGACAGCCAGCAAGAGUCCCCAACACCAAGGCCAGUGGAGCAGAACCCAAGAGGGGCUUCAGACCGCCACAGAAUUGCCCCACCCUGGCUCAAGUGGUCAGCCGCAAAGUCCAAGCUGUGGUGCCAGAACAGGCCAUGGUAAUUAUGAAAGAAGUAAAAGGGACCAAGGAAGAAGACAAGACUCCUCCUGCCUGGUUCACAUCGUACAUGGAAAAGUUUAAGGACCAGGUGGUUCGUGAAGCAGUGGAGAAGAUCUGCCGGGAGUUCUCUGGGCAGUGCUGCAUCCACAAGCCCCUGGGGGGAGGAGGACUAGGAGGAGGAGCAGGAGGAGUAGGGAGAGGUAGAGGGGAAGGAGUUGGAGGAGCGGAAGCCCAGCAGGUCCCUGAGGUGUCCUCCUCCACGCUGCCUGGAUCUCCUUCCUCCUCCACUCCUCCCUGCUCCUCCUGUAGGGGCCAGACCACUGGAGGAGGCUACCAAUGCAGUGUGUGUACCUCCUGUACUCUUUGUGAGCCCUGUAGCUUCUCCCAUGAUCCCAGUCACAACCUAGUAAGAGCCAGGACUCCUCUGUCCAUCCCAGAGCAUGGAUCACCUGCCCCAGAACACAGCAGGUUCUACAGGCGAGGAGAUCGCAGUUUCCGGAAGGCAGAGAAGCAACGGCUUAAAGCAGAGAAGCGCUUGCUGAAGGCAGAGGUCAAAGAGAUUCGGAAACAGCUGAGAAUGGAAAGGCGGGGCAUACAAUGGAGCUCCUCCUACAGAGAUGGGAACUCUUCUCCCAUUCUUCUGCAGCCUCGCGCCACCCAACACAACAGCCCAGACCGCCCAAAGCGUCCCUGCCCCCUGGUGGUUCCAGCCAUGAUGGCUACAUUUAUGGAUGAGAAUCUUCCUGAUGGAACUCGACUGCGUCCUGGGACCAAGUUUAUCAAGUACUGGAAAAUGAGGAACACAGGAACUAUCAGCUGGGGUGCUGAUACUAAGCUGAAGUUCAUGUGGGGAAACCUGGCAGUGGGAUCUGGAGACUGCUGGAGAGAAGUGUCUGUUCCUUUCCUCCAGCCAGGACAGAUCGGCAUAGUGAGCGUAGCACUGUGUGCUCCCGUUGUGGAGGGUUCCUAUACCUCUCACUGGCGUCUGGCCCAUGCUGGAGAGCAGUUUGGACCACGAGUGUGGUGUAGCAUCAUGGUCGACCCUCUGGCCCCAGCACCCAUGAUGGCUGAUGGGAUACUUGUGUCACCCUGUGUCACACCUCAGGGCAAGAACCCACUUGUGAAGGAUGGAAAAGUCUCUAGUGCUUCUAGAGAGCCACCUUUAUUGUCAGUGGACCAAGAAGAAUACUACAUCCCCUCCGUAGACCUGUUGACAGCGCAGGAUCUUCUGUCUUUCGAGCUGUUGGACAUCAACAUCGUCCAAGAGUUGGAGAAUGUCCCAAACAACACCCCUACUGACAUAACUCCCUGUAUGUCCCCUCUGCCUCAAGAUGGCCACCUGCAGGACAAGAGCAGUCCCUCUUUGGGACUGAUCCAGGAAGAGAAUGAAGUCAUUAAUAGCAUCAUGGAAACACCCCAUAAGGCAGGAUCUGGAGUAGAAGGGGACGGGGUCCCAGCUCAGGAGGAAGGGGGCAAUGACAUUAGUGGAACUCAGUUUGUUACUGAGACUGUGAUUUGCUCAAUGAUCCUCGAGAAAUCCCCUGACCAUGGCCCCCUGAAAGGCCCCAACCUAGAUAAAGCAGCUCAGAGUGGCUCCUCGUCUGUGUCCUGUAUGAAGACUAAGUCAGUGAAAACAAAGGAGAUCUCCGACAGCAGCUCAAGCAACCUCCUAAAACCACAAAUUAUGCUUAAAGAUUCCCUCCAUUCUCCGCUGCAAGCCUCCCUGCCUGCUGCCCUGUCUGUGGAUCCAGCUCCAGUGCUCGGCCCCAGCUCAGUACCAACCCUGCUCCAAGUUUCGCCUAUGGCAUCCACACAGCAGGAACACCCAGCAACAGAGUCCCAACUGGAGAACAUCUGUUUGGAGAACACCAUGAAGGCAAGAGAGAAAGAGCCAGACAAGGAGAAAGACAAAGAGGGAGAGGAGAAGAGAGAGGAGACAAGAAGUCGCUCUUCCUCCACCUCCUCUGAGGAUUACAUCAUCAUCCUCCCCGACUGCUUUGACACCAGUCGGCCACUUGGGGAGUCCAUGUACAGCUCUGCUCUGUCCCAGCCUGGUGACAUCCCAGACAAGACUCCGAUAGACUCAGAUACAACAUCUUCUGACCACCCAAGGAGAAUAACUGUGGAGGGGGAGCUGUGUAAGGCAGAUGAAACUGCAAUGGUGCUAGGGACAGAGUUGUCAAGAAACAGCAGCGCCAAUGACAUGCUUUGUACAUCUCAGACGCUGGAUGAUGAGCCACUGACACCUGAAGUGGUCGCACCCUCUAAGGUCAUCAUUACAUCAAGUCCAGGGAGCAGCAGAAAAAGAGAUGUGAAUGCUGCCGAUCCUGGGGAAGGAACAAAGGCAUCUGUACUGUACCAAACUGAGAACGAUCCCGAAAAAACGCAGACAGAGGUUACUGCAGCUACUGCAGACACAGAGGAGGAAAACUCGGAGGACCCCAGGCACCCAGGCAUCACCAGUGGCCUGGUGAAAGGAGCUCUGUCAGUAGCAGCCUCAGCCUACAAAGCAUUGUUCACUGGACAAGGCCCUACACAGCCUCCAGUGGACACAUCUACCCAGGACACCAUGAUGGCUGUGCUGGUCGAGAUGGGAUUUGGGGACCGGCCACUUAACCAGAAGUUGCUGAAGAAACACAACUACAACCUGCUGGAUGUGGUGAAUGAGCUUGUUCAGUUGACCAACAAUGACUGGUACUCUACACAUUACUGACUAGAAAAAAGAAGGGGAAGAAGAAGGAAACAGAGAAGGAGAUGAAACACAAUAGAUGGUGGAGAAUGGAAGUGAGAAAUUAAUUUCUGCUCAUCUACCCUUCCAUAUUCCCUCUCUAAUAUUGUCUAUCUCUCCUCUGAUUGGUCCAUUUGGAUGGAGGCUACUUUUCUUUAUGACCAUAUAAAUGGACAUUCCAGCAAAUAUUCUGGGAUCCUGUACGAGGCCAUCAAACACCACUGUAAUAAUUUCAGCAUAGACCUUGAUAAUAGUACAUUUUGUUGUAUACAAGUCUAAAAAAGAUAAAGAAAGAAGCAUUCUAUGCCUCAAAUGAGCUAUAUGUAGUAUUUCUAAAAGUUAAGACCACAUUGUUUUGAUUUGAGGAACGUUGAGAGGAUAAAAGCUGAUGAUAGAUAGAUAGAUAGAUAGAUAGAUAGAUAGAUAGAUAGAUAGAUAGAUAGAUAGAUAGAUAGAUACUUUAUUAACCCCUUGAUGCCUGAAUUUAUUUACAAUUAUAAAAUAAAUAUUUGUUUUUGCUUUUCCAGCUGAUGCUAA